AUGUCUUCCUCAACGCAAGACCUCGUCACACAAGUUGAGCUCGGGAACACGUAUGGAGCACUUUUCAUUGGGGCCAUCAUUGCAGCCAUUCUUUUUGGUUUAACCAACGUUCAAGUUUUCAUCUACUUUCAGACGCAGAACAUUCUUUAA